GUCUCUGCAUUUUCCACAUGGGAAAAAGAACUUCAUAAAAUUGUGUUUGAUCCACGUUAUCUUCUACUCAACUCAGAAGAACGUAAACAGAUAUUUGAGCAGUUUGUCAAGACGAGAAUAAGAGAAGAAUAUAAGGAAAAGAAAAACAAAUUACUACUAGCCAAAGAAGAGUUUAAAAAGCUGCUUGAGGAAUCUAAAUUGUCACCUAGGACCACCUUUAAGGAGUUUGCAGAGAAAUAUGGCACAGAUCAACGUUUUCGACUGGUUCAGAAAAAGAAAGACCAAGAGCAUUUUUUCAACCAGUUCAUACUUAUCCUUAAAAAGAGAGACAAAGAGAACAGAAUAAGGCUACGGAAAAUGAGAUAGAAAGGAAACCUGCAAUAAGAAUCCAAGUCAUCUACAGCAGAGAAGAUGAAUGGCAUGCAUUUUAAUAUCAUCUUUUUGAGUUUUUUACUCCCAGAAAUUAGAGGAAGAAAAAUAUCAGAAAAUCCGAAGAGCCAUCGCAGCACACAAAGUUUCUGUCUGUUGUAUGUGGGAGACUGCACUGCAGAAAUCUGUAGUAUAUUUCAUUCUCAGAGACUUAAUGUUUCAUAUUGAAGCUCUCUUUUUGUACAACAUUCAAAUUUGAUGCGUUUCUAAUUACAUGAUAUGUCAGUCCCUUAAUUGUUUUAAUAAUUUAUGCAAAUUAUUUGUAAUAUACACAAAAUUGAAAUCCAGCGUGAUUUGUUAUUAAGCAGAUGCCAUCCAUAAUAAUAUCAAGGAUUUUUUUUAACCAUUUAAGGAAAAAAAAUAAAAAGUAACACUAAUACUUCUCUGCACCUUUAUUUGGAAAUAAGUCCUGUUGACUUCACCAACACUUGCUCCCAAAUAAAAGUGGUUAAAAAUGCUGCACAGUUACGUUUUGGCAGCUUUGUACAUUAAACAAAAAAUAAAUGGUUUAAAGGUCCAGUGAUACUGAAGAAAUCAUUAUUCAAUGUUCAUAGGUCUAAGUCUAGUUUUCUGAGUCGUAGUAGUAUUAGGGUAUUAAUUGUAAUCAUAGUGAAGAUGUGAAAAUCCUGGCAUCUUUCCUGUAGAACAGUGUAUAAAUCUUUACCAAAAAAAAAGAAAAAAAAGCUUUG